UUUGAUAGCAGCUGCGGUGACUUUCGUUAUGGGACAAAACGUCGGUCGAAAUCGCUUGUCUCACAAGCACAAAUUCCACAGUAUUAAAGAUUUAACGAUUCACAAUCGAGCGGGCUGCGAUGGUUCGAGUAAAGGCCUUUUUCUGGGAAUUCUAUGUAUGGUCGCUGGUAUCGUUGUAAUUCUUAUUUUCCUCGUUGUGAGGGAGGAUGAAAAUUUUCCGCCAUCAACACUCUCGUGGCUGACAUGUGGCACUUUAAUUGCAAUUCUCAGUCUCAGUGGUCUAAUGACAGCGAGUGGUUUAGUGCAAAUACGUCAAAUGUCAAUUGUGUCAAGAGCGCCAGCCGCACUCGAUACAUUACUCUCAAAUGUCUCUCUAUUUGGCAUUCAACUCUAUUCGGUAUUUACAAUAAUUGUCUGUAUUUGCUGCUUGAAUUGGACGGAUGACGAUGAAUCGGAGGGACGACACAUUAUGCUAUUGUCAGCAUCGAUUCUUCAAUUAUUACAGAGUUAUGCCCAAAGUACAUUGAUUGCGGAGGCAUCGAAAAGAUCGUGUAUCACGAGAUAUCAAAUGAUGGCAAAACCAGCGAGACAAGUUAUUACAUUUUUAUUAUUCAGCAAUGCUGUUCUUUGGGCAUUUGACACUGUCAUCAUUCACAAUUGGAUUUCACAGGAAUUACAAUUGAGAUUUUUUGGCGUUCUUGCUUGGGGUAUUAUUUCUAGAAUUGGAUUGCCUCUAUUGAUUUUCUAUCGAUUUCACAGUUGUGUUUUGUUAUUGGAAAUUUGGAAUAAGUGUUACAGAACGCCGCGGGGUGAACAUCCGCUCAACUGA